GGGCGCUUCGGCCGGAGCCAUGACCUCGCUGACCCAGCGGAGCUCGGGCCUGGUGCAGCGGCGCACCGAGGCCUCCCGGAACGCUGCGGACAAGGAGCGGGCGGCGGGCGGCGGCGGCGGCAGCGGCGAGGACGAGGCGCAGAGCCGCCGCGACGAGCAGGACGACGACGACAAGGGCGACUCCAAGGAAACGCGGCUGACCCUGAUGGAGGAGGUGCUCCUGCUGGGCCUCAAGGACCGAGAGGGUUACACAUCAUUUUGGAAUGACUGUAUAUCAUCUGGAUUGCGUGGCUGUAUGUUAAUUGAAUUAGCCUUGAGAGGAAGGUUACAACUAGAGGCUUGUGGGAUGAGAAGAAAAAGUCUUUUAACAAGAAAGGUAAGAG